UUCAGAGUGCUCAGUUUGCUAUUUCGGCAAACACUCAAAAUAAAAUUUUGCAAAGAGUUUUUUGUGAAUUUCCCGCAUUUUCCUGCUUCCAAAGGCGCGGGUACGCAUUAAAAGUGAUCAGAAUCACACCCCAAGUCCGUUUCUAGUGCACUUCUAGGUGGCAAUUCAGGGAGAUUGCGUGAAAACAUUGUGGAUCCUGCGUGGCCUCUCAAUGAGCAGGUAACCCAUCAAUCAACCGAAGAUGUCGGACAUUGUAUAUCCACAAGGCUGUAAACCCGUGACGGAUGAUUUGGGUCCGGAUGAGCUUAUCCGGCGUCUCAAGGCUCUCUCACACACCCUACAAACAAUGGGACAGGAUGAGGGCCUCUACCAGCAGUAUAUUCCACUAGCACUGCAUCUGGCCAAUGAGGACUUCUUGCUACAUAGCUCCAAGGACGUUCAACUCCUCAUUGCAUGCUGCAUUGCGGAUGUUUUACGUGUUUACGCACCAGAGGCACCGUACAAGGAUCAAGAUCAAGUGAAGAAAAUCUUUCACUUUCUCAUUCGUCAGCUAAAUGGACUGAAAGAUCCCAAAGAUACUGCAUUCAAGAGAUAUUUCUACUUACUGGAAAAUCUCGCCUACGUCAAAUCCUUCAAUAUGUGCUUCGAACUUGAGGAUUCUCAGGAGAUCUUUUGUGCCCUCUUUCAACUCAUGUUCAAAAUUGUCAACGAUGAACACAGCGGCAAAGUUAAAUCCUUUAUGCUGGAUGUUCUCUGUCCGCUCAUUACGGAAUCAGACAACGUUUCCAAUCAACUGCUUGACAUCAUUCUCUCGAAUAUUGUUGAACCACAGAAGACGGCCAAGAAGAAUGCAUACUACAUUGCCAAAGAGUUGAUCUUGAAAACUGCAGACACACUGAAGCAUUACAUUCAGGCGUUUUUUAACCAAGUUCUCGUCAUGGACAAAGUUGAUAAGAAUUUAUCAAUUACAUCAAAAGUUUACGAAUUGAUCUACGAACUCAACGUUAUAGCCCCAGCGUGCCUCCUUUCGGUUCUCCCGCAGCUUGAGGUGAAGCUAAAGUCAAGUAAAGAGAGUGAACGUGUCAAAGCUGUUGGAUUACUGGCAAGGAUGUUCUCCGAGAAGGAUUCCGCCCUUGCGAAGCAGUACACACCACUCUGGCGUACAUUCUUGGGGCGUUUCUACGACAUUGCCGUACCCAUACGAAUUAAAUGUGUCCAGAGCACAAUGCACUUCCUCCUCAAUCAUCCGCACUUGCGGAAGGACAUCAUUGAAACACUAAAAGUGCGGCAGCACGAUUCGGAUGAGACUGUACGCUAUGAGGUUGUGAUGGCAAUUGUGGAGACGGCAAAGAGGGACUUUCAGAUUGUCUCCGAAUCGGAGGAUUUGCUGGAUUUCGUCAAGGAGCGCACGCUCGAUAAGAAAUUUAAAAUUCGCAAGGAGGCAAUGAAUGGCUUGGCGAUGAUCUACAAAAAGUACUUAAGUGACUCCAAUGUGCCCGAUGCCACCAAGAAGGCGGUUAAUUGGAUCAAGGACAAAAUUCUCCAUGGGUACUACAUGACGGGUAUUGAGGAUCGACUACUUGUUGAGCGACUUCUCAUCACGUGCUUAGUGCCGUAUCAACUGCCAGCGGAUGAUCGUAUGCGGAAGCUCUAUCAGCUUUUGGGGACAAUUGAUGACAAUGCAACGAAGGCCUUUAUUGAGCUGCAGAAGAAUCAACUUAAAGUUCGCAGAACUGUGUCAGAAUGGAUAAAAUUGCAUCGUGUAAAAGUUCUUACGCCACAAGUACAGAAAGAAAUGAAUGCCAAAUGCGCCCACAUUUCAAAGCAACUCCCUGAUCCUGUAAAAGCUCAAGAGUUCUUGACGAAAUUCUCCUCACACAUGCGAAAUGAUCCACAGCUUGUGCGUGAAAUGGAUACAAUUCUCAAGCGAGAUGUCACGUGCAAGGAAUGUGCUGAUACAAUGGCAACAGUACUGAAGAAACUCGGGCAACCAAUAAUGACUAAUCUCUACUACAACACCAUCAAGAUGCUCCUUGAGCGCAUUGCAUCCGUCAUGGUGGACAAGGCAUCUAUUGAAGUUCUCGUGGGACUCAUUGAAGACUGUAUGCACGGAGGGGAAGAGGUUUGCAAAGAGGUUGGUCUCCCUGCGGAAUCUGCUGGAGAGCGUGGUUUGAAUUUGCUCAGUGUCUUGGCGUAUGUGUUCUCAGCUCAUUUCCAACACAACUCAAUUCUCAAUCACAUGAUUGCCCUUCUGGGUUCCAAGCACGACUAUGCAGCUCCUUACAUUCUCAAAGCCUUCACCUACUUGGGACGCUACAAACCCCUCGUGGAUUCCCAUCCAACCGUCCUACAUCGACUGACACCCAUUUGCAAGGAAUUUGCCAUCUCUGGCACCCCCAAGCAGGCAAAAAAUGCCGUACGAUGCAUGUAUGUCAAUAUGACAUCAAGUGCAGACAAUGGGGUACAAACAAACGAGACAGGAGAUGUCUUUGCGGAGAUUGUUGAAUCUCUCAAGGCAAAUUUGAGUCCGGAACAGACAAAGUAUCGCACGGCAAUUGUAUGCCUUGGGCAUAUUGCCUACAAUAUCCCAGAUCGUUUUCAUGUACCCAUAAAAAAUAUUAUUUCACGAAAGAUUGUGAAGGAGUUGCUGGUGAAGGAUGUUCCGGAAGAUCGACAGGAUAUCCCAACAACUGAUUGGUGUACAGAGGAUGAACUACCCGAAGAGACACGAUGCAAAGUUGAGGGUUUGAAAACAAUGGCAAGAUGGUUGUUGGGUCUCAAGAAGGAUGUCAUGUCGGCGCAGAAAACCUUCCGUAUGCUGCAUGCUUUUAUUAAGCAAAAAGGUGAUCUCUUGGAGCAGGGUAGACUCUCUGCGGCGGAAAUGUCUUGGCUACGACUCAGUGCUGGCACGGCUAUGUUGAAGAUUUGCGAACAAAAGGGGGUCGGAGAUCAAUUUACGGCUGAGCAAUUUUACAAUUUGUCACAGCUAAUGGUAGAUCCCGUGCCGGAAGUUCGGGAGGCAUUCACAAAGAAGCUGCAUAAGGGACUCAAUAAGGGGAUCCCCAAUAAGUGUCUCCCGCUUGAUUUUAUGGGAUACUACGUGCUAGGAGGUCGAGAAACAGACAGAAGAUUGAGUAUGCAGAUAAAGACGAACAUUGAAGCUGAUGUUAAUAGAAGGCGUGAAUAUGUAAAAUCCUUUGCAACAGUCGAGAGGGCAAUGUCACAGUUGCCACACAUUCUCCCAGAUUAUAUGUUGGUGUUUGCAGUGCCGGUCCUCACACACGAUCCAAACUUCACGCAAUUCGAUGAUCCAGUACAGCUGAAGCAGGUGGAGAAGUGCUUAUGGCUCAUUCUGGAGCCACUCAUUACGAAUAAGGAAUUCUUCUGUUUUGGCUUCUACAAAAAUCUCGUGGAUCGCAUGAAGCAUCACAAGGAUGCCCUCAAGAAGGACGAUGAACAGACCAAUUUUAAAAUGUGGGCAAUCUGCGAUAUUGCAAUGCAUCUAAUCUAUACAAAAUCAAUCAAUUAUGACACGAGGGAUUUUCCCCUUGAAGCCCGAAUACCAUCGAUGUACUUCCAGGCACAGCCGGAUGAUUUUAUGAAUACACGAAUUUACCUUCCGGCAGAUCUCUAUAUCCCACAAAAUGUCAAUACAAAUCGAAAACAUUUAUUGACUGACCGCAAAGUGACGUCAAACAACAAGGGGCACGAUUCCGGUGAUAUGGACACGGAAAAUGAAAAUAAUUGCGAUGAGCAGCACCAAUUGUCGUUGGAUAUGGAUGAACCACCGGCAAAGCGGAUGAUCCUGGGCGAAUAAUAAUUUUGGAUCAUCGCACACACACAUUGAUUGAUCGAAAGGAUAUCAAAGAGAAUAAUGAGACGUUAACUUUUUAUUAAUUUAUAAGUAGGAGAGAGAUAUUUAAUAAGUUGAUAUUUGCGAUAAGAGUUAAAGUAAAAUAUUUUCAUUUUUUUUUCUCUGUAGAGCGUGUAAGGAAUUUUAAGAAGACUACAAUUAAGUUUCUUUUAAACAUCUCUUGUUAAUUUUACUCUUCAUUUGUCUUUUUUCUCCGCCUUUCUUUUUUUCUCUUUAUUAGAUUAGAAUUACACGAAAUUUGAAAAUUUAAACAAAAAAAAAUUGAAAAUUAAUGGAAUAUUAAGGAAAUAAAUUUCAUAUCUAAAGAAAA